UUGUCCACACCAAACUGUUCAGCUAUUCAUUAAUCAAAAGCAGGUUUGGUCCGUCGGUGACGACACAGGUCGAAGCGACGACUGCUGCUCCUCUGUCCAGCUUGUCUUCUUCCUCGGGGUCGAGACUGAGCGACCAAGAUCCAAGCGACGUCUGCUGCUCUUCUCUACACCUCCUCUUCUUCCUCCGGAUCGAGAGCUUGGAUAGGGCUCCAUGGACCUGUUCGUGCCGCCGGAGGGCGAUUCAGAAAAGAGGAUUAGCCAUGGGCAGAUGGAGGGUGCUGCUGUUGCGCACCCUAUAGAGUCCCAGGCAUCUAUCAGCGUCGCCCAGGGCGACAUCCGCCGUGCCGGAGACCUCUGCAGCGGCGGCGGAAAUGCUGGAUCUGUCGGCGAGGGCCCGCUUUUGCAAGUGUGCUCAGAGGCUACCAGCAGAUGGACACACAGAGUAAGGAUCAGGAAAGCCCCUGCGGAGCGAGAGCUAAAUCCUAACCGGAAAAGUGCUCUUGAACUAUCGAUGAGGGCGUUCAUAAGUAAACGAGAUGGCAAUGUAGUCAACCCAGCAGUCGGAACUUCAUUUGAUUCACUAGAUGAGGCGUAUCAAUUCUACAAUUUGUAUUCGUGGGAGGUUGGAUUUGGCAUAAGGUAUUCGAAAAGCAGGCUAAAUGUGGAGAGGGUGAAGUGCAUGCAGGAGAUUGUAUGUGGAUGCGCGGGUAAACCGAAGAGGGAGAAUACAAGAUCAACUAGGUGCGGCUGUGCUGCCAGGAUUAGGCUACUGAGGUCGGAUGACAAUGGAUGGUAUAUUUCAGAGCACAUGCCUCUUCACAACCACUCUCUCUCAAGUACUUGUGGCGAGAAAAUGCACUGGCCUUCACACAGGCUCAUUGAUCGCUACACUAAAGAUCUUGUUACGCAGCUGAGAGAAAACAAUGUUAGCCUUGGAAAGGUUUUUAGCAUAGUUGGUAGUUUUUUUGGAUCAGUUGACAAUGUGCCAUUUACAAAAAGGUCAUUGAAGACGCUGUGCUGCAAGCUAAACAAAGAACAGUCUGAUUCAGAUGCCCGGAAGACACUGGACAUACUUGCAGAGAUGAAGGCAAACGAUCCAGAAUUCAAUUAUACUGUCCAAGUUGAUGAUGAGAGCAGAAUAAAAACACUUAUGUGGGUUAACGGGCGCAGUGUAGAAUAGUACAGGUGUUUCGGAGAUGUUGUGACAUUCGAUACAACAUACAGGACAAAUCUAUAUGACAUGCCAUUUGCACUGUUCAACAAUCACUUCCAGAGCAUUAUUUUUGGAGGUGUCAUGUUGCGGGAUGAAAAGGAGGAUACAUUCAAGUGGGUUUUCCGUGAAUUCAUCAGGAUGGUUGGCGGCAAACACCCGCAAACAAUUUUAACCGAUCAGGCGCGAUCAAUGGAAUUGGCUAUAGAAGCAGAAAUGCCUAACACAACUCACAGGUGGUGUAAAUGGCAUGUGCUGAAGAAAGCAAAGGAAUCAAUGGGGGCUUUGUGGAGCAAGAAGUAUGAUUUCAAGAGUGAAUUCCACAAGCUGGUGCAUCACAUGGUCACAGAACAAGAGUUCGAAGAUGGCUGGUCUGCAAUGCUUGACAAAUAUUCACUUAGAAAGCAUCCAUAUCUGACUCAAAUAUAUGAGGUGCGGCAUAAAUGGGCAAAGCCGUAUUUCAGAGGUGUUUUUUGCGCGAAAAUGACCAGCACUCAACGUAGUGAAAGUGCCAAUCACAUGCUUAAGAGUUAUGUCCCACCCGGGUGCCCAAUGCAUUUGUUCAUUAAACAAUACGAGAAGGUUCAGUUCGAUAGGGACUCUGAGGAGAGUUUCUAGGAGAAACGGACUCCUCUGAGUGGUGUUCUUUUGAAAGUAAAUCUCCCAAUUGAGAGGCACGCUAGCAAGAUUUACACCAGGGCAAUGUUUGAGCAAUUUGGCAGUGCUCUUUACAAGGCAGGGGCUUAUGAACUAGAUGUUGCUGUACCAAAAAAGGUAUACAUUCUUACUCAUGUGGAUGCUCUCUCUCGUGAGAAAUGGAGCAAGGUCCAGUUCAAGGUUGAUGUUGAUGUUGAUCGGACCUUUUUCAACUGCGAGUGUGGUAUUUUCGAGCAUUCUGGAAUGGUCUGCUGCCAUGCACUGAAGGUUAUGAUCGAGCUCAAGUUGAGCAAGAUACCAGAAAAGCACAUAUUGAAGCGAUGGACUAGGGAUGCCCGUGAUAUCUUGCCUGAUCAUCUCGUUCGGUACCAGAAGGACAGAGGGCCACAUGGCUUUGACACUUACAGGCACAACACCAUGUACAUGAAGGCAAUGGAGUGUGUUCGACUCGGUGAUAGUAACGUGAAGUGCUAUGAUGUUUUCAUGGCAAUGAUGAAGGAGGUUCACGCAACUCUUCUCCCACUAAGCCAUGACAAAGAUGGUAUGGGGCUCGAGGAGCGAGAGGCUGCGGAUCAGAAAGCCAAAGAAGGUAACCAUGGUAAGAUAAAUGUCGAGGCCAACAUCGAUAUAGAUGAGGGUGAUGCAGUGUCAAACUGUUCUGGUAUUGCACCUGCGAAAGAAAUGCGCCUGGCUGGCAAGCCAACCACAAGCGGAGAUAAGGCUCCGUAUGAAGAGAAACUGAAGAGGUCAAGGUUCUGCACGAUAUGCCGGCUUAAGGGGCACAAGAGCACAACCUCUCCAGAUAAGGGAGAUAUUCCAAAAGCUCCGAGGAAGAUGCCCAAGUGUGGCAAAUGUGGAGUGGUCGGACAUCGUCGAACUUCAUGCGGGAAGCGGGCAGAACCAUUUGUUCCGAAUUUCCUGUAGUUUUGAAGAUGGCAUGAGAGCAUUUGUUUGUCUCUGAUUUUAGCUGGGAUAGAAAUAUAUUCUUGAUAUCCUGGCUUAAUUGUGUUGAACUGAUUGUUAGAUCUUUGAACUAUUCUGGCUAAUUUUAUUUCA